AUGUGGUCCAGUCUUCUCCUCCUGGGAGGCGUCUCUUUGAGCAUAGCCAACCCAAUUGUCCGACAAGAUGCCAAUCCUCCUUACAGAAACAAGACUCUAUGUCUUGACAAGCGUGUUGAUGACCUCAUGUCUCGCAUGUCCCUCGAGGACAAGGCAGGUCAGAUGUUCCACGGCCGUACCGUGGUUGUCAACAACACAUUUGACGAGACCAUUGAGGAGUUUGUUACUGGCAAGCGCAUCACUCAUUACGUUCUCAGCGGCGGUGUCAAUGAUGUUCGAGGUGUUGCAAAUUGGUAUAACAAGCUACAGAGGCUGGCGAUGAGCACACCCCUUGGUAUCCCUAUCACAAUUAGCAGUGAUCCACAGCACGGGUGGACAGACGAGAAUGCUGUCUCCGUUGUAGCACAGGGUUUCUCUCGAUGGACUGAGCCUCUUGGUCUCGCUGCGCUACGAUCCCCUGAGCUGGUCCGUCAGUUCGCUGAGAUCGCACGUGAGGAGUAUGUCGCUGUUGGUAUCCGACAGGCACUGCACCCUCAAGUCGACCUAGCUACUGAGCCACGUUGGGGACGUAUCACCGGUACCAUGGGAGAAGAUGCCAACCUCACCAGUGCCUUGAUGGUUGAGUACAUCAAGGGUCUUCAGGGUGACAAGAUCGGGCCCAACUCGGUCAUCGCCACCACUAAGCAUUUCCCCGGCGGUGGCCCAAUGGAGGAUGGAGAGGACUCUCACUUUGAAUGGGGCAAGAACCAGACUUACCCUGGCAACAACCGAGACUACCACUUGAUCCCCUUCAAGGCCGCCAUCGCAGCUGGUACCCGUCAAAUGAUGCCCUACUACUCUCGUCCCAUCAACACCUCAUGGGAAGAAGUCGCCUUUGGCUUCAACAAGGGCGUCGUCAACGAUCUCCUCAAGAAAGAGCUCGGCUUCGACGGUAUUGUCGUUACCGACUGGGGUAUCGUGACCACCCGAUUCUGGGGUCUUGAAGACCAGACCGAGCUUGAGCGCGCUCGUCGUGUUCUCGAAGCUGGAUGCGAUAUCUUUGGUGGCGAGACCAAGCCCGAGCUUAUUAUUGAGCUUGUCAACAAGGGUUUCAUCCCAGAGGCUCGAAUUGAUGAAUCUGUUCGCAAGCUUAUGAAGGAGAAGUUUGAACUGGGCCUUUUCGAUAAUCCCUUCGUUGAUGUCGACAAGGCUGAGCGCAUUGCUGGAAACGACUACUUCAGCCGUCUUGGAAACGAGACACAGCGUCGUGCAUUCACUCUUCUCACCAACAAGGAUGAUGUCCUGCCUCUUCCUCUGUCCGCUCUCAACGCCAAGUUCUAUAUUGAAGGGAUUGAGCCUGAGGUCAUGGAAUCCCGCAAUCUCAGCGUCGUCGAGAACCCAGAGGACGCAGACUACGCAUUCCUCCGCUUGGCCUCACCCUUCAAGCCCACCACAGCUCCAGGUCUUCCCGCGAUGAUCAACAACGGCAGUCUCGAGUUCAACACGACAGAAAAGGCUCGUCAGGCCAAGAUCUACGCGACGCUCCCAACUGUCGUUGACAUCAGACUCAACCGACCUGCUGCGGUACCUGAAGUCGCUGAGCAGGCUGUUGCGCUAUUUGGUAGCUACGGUAGCAGCCACGAUGCAUUCCUAGAUGUUGUCUUUGGAACGGAUGGUUGGGGGCCUGAGGGCAGAUUGCCAUUUGAUCUGCCCGUGUCUCAGGAGGCUGCCGAUGCGCAGAAAGAGGACGUGCCUUUUGAUGUGGAGGCGCUGUUUAAGUUUGGCCAUGGAUUGAGGUAUAAGGAUACGUGUGAUAGUACAUAG